UUGAAAAAAAAAAUGUCAGUGCACUUCCUACAAAUGAUAAUCGUUUUACUUCCAAAUUCCAAAAUACGCUAUUUCAGCUGCAUCAUGGCGCCGGGUCAAAGCGCUGUGACCCCGGAAGUACUCCCUGGGAAAAACAGCCCUAUGCACCACGCGAAAGAUGGCGGCCGCUGGCGAGCAGCAGCAGGCUCACCGAGCCGGGAUAUACAAACAGAAAAACAAGCAGCACAAACACGGCAAACACCGAACCAAGGGGGAGAUUGAGCGGGAGAACAAGGGCCGUGUGGCAGUGAAGGCUCUCAGCAGGAAGCAGAGGAAGGCGCUGAAGAAGCUGGAUCGGAGGCACAAGGCCAGUCAGCUCCGCAGGAACAAGAAGGACACGGUGAGACUGAACGUCUCUGCGCCUGAGACUGUCCUGGAUGUUGCGAAAGUAGUGGACACCCUGCUGUUUGUGCUGGACCCUGUAGAGGGUUGGGACAGCUAUGGGGACUACUGCCUGUCCUGCCUCUUCGCGCAGGGCCUGCCCAGCCAUGCUCUGGUGUGUCAGGGCGUGGCGGCGCUGCCCAUGAAGAAGCGGACGGACGCCAGGCGGGCGCUGGGCCGCCUCGUGGAGGCGCGUUUCCCCGACGGACGCCUGUUAAGCCUGGAUACCCCCCAGGAGGCCGUGCUGCUGCUGAGGCACCUGGGAUCGCAGAAGCAGCGGCAGCUGGCGUACCGCUCGCGGCGCCCGUACCUGCUGGCCCAGCGGGCCUCCUUCGCGCCCGGGCCGGGGGGGCUGGGCACGCUGCAGGUCUCGGGGUACGUCCGCGGGCGGCCGCUCGGCGUCAACAGGCUGGUGCACAUCGCAGGCCACGGGGACUUCCAGCUCAGCCAGAUCGAUGCGCCCCAGGACCCCCUGCCCCUCAGCACCCGGGAGCACCCGCCUGGCAAGGAAGGGGACAUGGAGACAAAGGAAGGGGGCGCUGUGGGGGAAAUGGAGCAGGAAGUGAAGGUGCUGAUGAAAGCAGAUCCGGCGCGGCAGGAGAGCCUGGAGGCCGAGGCGGCGCUGGAUCCCAUGGAUGGCGAACAGACCUGGCCAACCGAGAGUGAACUGCAGGAGGCCGAAGAGAGGCAGAGGAAGGUGAGGAAGGUGCCCAAGGGGACGUCGGACUACCAGGCUUCCUGGAUCCUGGAGGAAGGGGGCAGCGAGGAGGACGACGAGGAGAGCAGCGAUGAAGAUGGCGACGAAGGGAUGGAGGCUCUGGAGGAGGAGGAAGAGGAGGAGGAGGAGGCUGGGUCUCAGGACGGGGAGGGCAGCGCGGGAGAGGGCUCGGACUCGGAGACGGAGACGCUGGAGCUGGGCCAGGGGGGGCCGGAGCAGCGCUACGACGACCGGAUGGACGAGCAGGAGGAGAGCGAGGCGCUGCGGCGGUACAGGGAGGCGCGGGCCGACCAGAUGUUCCCCGACGAGGUGGACACGCCCUUGGACACGCCGGCCAGGACCAGGUUCCAGCGGUACCGCGGCCUCAAGAGUUUCCGCUCCUCGCCCUGGGACCCCCUGGAGAACCUGCCGCCUGACUACGCGCGGAUAUUCCAGUUCCAGAACUUCGAACGCACGCGCAGGCGGGUCCUCGUGGAGGCUGCAGAGGAAGAGGAGGGUGCCAUGGUGGGCUGGUACGUGACUCUUCACGUGCAGGACGUUCCGCCCUCGGUGAUGGACAGUUUCCGGAGCGGCCGCCCGCUGGUCCUCGUCUCACUGCUGCCUCACGAGCAGAAGAUGUCGGUACUGCACAUGCUGGUGCAGCGACACCCUGGGAACUCGGAGCCCGUCAAGUCGAAGGAGGAGCUGGUGUUCCAGUGCGGUUUCCGCCGCUUCCGGGCCUCUCCCAUCUUCUCCCAGCACACCUCGGGUACGGGGCUCCGGUCCGCCGAGCCGCGGGAAAGCGCGGGUCCGCGAAGCCGCCCUGUGUUGAGCCCUGUGCCUUUUGGGAAACUCUUCCUCGCAGGGAUGCAGGACCUGAUCGCCACGGGCUCCCUGCUGAAGGCCGACCCCCAGCGCGUGGUGGUGAAGAGGAUCGUGCUCAGCGGACACCCCUUCAAGAUCGUGCGCCGGACAGCCGUGGUCCGCUACAUGUUCUUCAACAGGGACGAUGUGAACUGGUUCCGGCCCGUGGAGCUGCGGACCAAGUGGGGGCGGCGGGGUCACAUCAAGGAGGCUCUGGGGACCCACGGCCACAUGAAGUGCGUGUUCGAUAAGCAGCUGCCCUCCCAGGACACUGUACUGAUGACGCUGUACAAACGGGUCUUCCCGCGCUGGACCUACGACCCCCACGUGCCCCAGCCGCUGCCCUGGGUGAAGAGCGAGGAAACCGUCGGCACAGAGGACAUUGACAUGGACUAGAACAAAAGGGAGAGACUGAGUCACUCUGCUGCCCCCUUCAGUUUGGAGGACAGAAUUGCAGUCGGGAGGAAGAGUCGCCACAGACCUUUCUACCACUAGCGUGUUUACUUGUAUUUUUUGCCCAUCUGGCCCUGGGCAGCCUGAGCCGCUGCAGUGUGCUGGUGGGGGCAGCGGAGACGCCCCCUCGCUCAGCUGGCACGGCGGGUAUUUCCCAACUAAUAAAUGGCUUGAGCCCA